CAGUCCUACUCUGCUGACUCAGUGCCUUAUUCAGUCUGUCCUCCCUCUCCACUGCUGUAGCUGGACCCCUUGCAUUCACAACCUUUGAGCACCUGCUUAUAUCACUAUGGCUAAAACAGCAAUGGCCUACAAAGAAAAGAUGAAGGAGCUCUCUAUGCUCUCACUGAUCUGCUCCUGUUUUUAUCCAGAACCUCGCAAUAUCCCUGCAUAUACGUAUGAUGACAUGAAGUGAAACAGGCUCAACAAGCGUUCAUCUGGCCAGGCUUUUGAACUGAUCUUUAAAGCCCCAUCUCCAGUCUCAGAAGCUCCUCGGACGGCCUCUCCAAAGAAGAAAGGUUCCCUAGAAGAUAUCCAAGCUAAGCUCGAAGCUGCAAGAGAAAGACGAAAUAUCCAAGAGGCCCAAAUCCUAAAGCAAUUGGCAGAAAAGAGAGAACAUGAGAGAGAAGUUCUACAAAAGGCGCUUGAAGAGAACAAUAAUUUUAGCAAAAUGGCAGAGGAAAGGCUGAUACUGAAAAUGGAACAGAUCAAAGAAAACCGUGAAGCCUAUUUUAGCCCCCUCUUGGAGCGUCUUCAAGAGAAGGAGAGGCAUGCUGCUGAAGUACGCCGAAACAAGGAACUGAUUGAAGAACUCUCUGGCUGAAUAUAGACCACCAGUAGUAAUUUCCUUGCCUAUAUAAUUACGGAUCAUGCGAUAUCAGUAUGGAAAAUGUAUGACAUCACAAAAAGAAAACACAAAAAAAAAACAAGAACUCAUUAUGAAAAAAAAAAAUGUAUAAAAAAAAAAAACGGUCUCUUUGCAGAAUGAUUUGCUUGAUGUUUAAAAAAAAAUUUUGGGUCUUAUUUUGUAAAUAUUUACAUUUUUGUUAAAAAAUACAAGUAUUGCAUUAUGCAAGUUAUUUCAUAACCUUACAUGUCCUGUUACAGGCUUUCGGUGUUGUCUAACUUUUCAAAAUUGAAUUUGCCGAAACUUUCCAAAAACACCCAUGUCUAAUGUCAUUCCCUGCACUUUUUCCAUUUGGAUACUGCAUAUAAACCAUACAAUUAUGUAGUGGUAGGAAGGUCGGUCAUUGCCUAAUCAUACAAAAUAUUUUGUAAGCUUUACACUUUGUUUAAACAGUCUUUAUAUCCCAAGUGCAAUGAUGUUAUUACAUUUUAGUGUCCGGAGUGUCAAAAAAUGUUCUAUCCUUGUGUUUCUUGGUAUGGACUUCAAUGUUAUUUCCAGUGUAGGUUAAACUACUGUGUCAUCAGUGAGAUAGUUUAUAAAGCAUAAAUAAUAGGUAUCGCUCUUCUUUAUGCAGUGAUAGAGGAGCAUACAAAAUGCGGCUGUAAUUUAGGUUGGCAAAAUUUCUUCAAACCAUAAUAGUAGAAACACUACACUCUGAGUUAGAACCAUACAAUUCAAUAUUACCCAAGGCUUGGCCAUCCUAGAAGUGUCUACUUAGAAAGAUCAUACCUUCAAAUUGCUUUGUAAAAUGGGAAACUGUGAUAUUUUGUAGUUUUUCCUGCACAUGGGUUUGCCAAACCUAUUUGUAACAUAUAUAUAUCUGCAAUAUGAGGCCUGUUAGAUGACUAAUGUGCCCUUCAAGACCUGGGGAGAUUGCCAUUGAUUUAGUCUCCAACAUAAGAGUAUCUUGGUGAGCAAAAAUACAUGAAAAAAUAGUAAAUCUACAGGGAUAAUUAGACAGGGUGCACGUGCCAAGAAUGGACUCACUAAACAACUACUAAGUCUCUAUCAUAGUUGCAGUUUUGAAGUUGUUCCUGCCCCAUGGAAGUUGCUGCCUGCAUAUUCUAUUCUUCAUUAGUGCUAUUUUCCUGUAUGUCAUUGUGAGCAAGCUGUGAUUAAUAAAGAAUUGGGGUUCUGUGAACUUAUAAAAGUUUAGUCUUUUUAUUAUUUCCCAAUUUUCCUUGUCUUACAUUAAAUAAACUGUAAAUUAAAAAA